UUUGCACUCACCUGAAGUAACUACAACUCGACGUGAGCCGAAGUGGGCUAUAUUUUGUGCGAAAUGACUCGAAAUUUGGGGACUUUCCUCGUGGUAGUCAUUAUUGCGGCUGGCUGCUUAGGUGACUUAUGCACUGAAACAAAAUGCACUGGCCAGGGACAAGUUUGUUCCGUUGACAAAAAUAACAAAGCUGUAUGUAAAUGUCGUGAUUCUUGCCCAAGGUCGGACCGUAAAAGAGUCUGUGGGUCCGAUGGUAUCACUUACCGAAAUCGCUGUCACCUAGAUAUGACGUCAUGUAAGCUGAGUGAAAGCAUUACAGUGGUUUCUGUUGGUAAAUGCGGAGAGAUUCCUUUAGAAAUCAGCCCACAGCAUCAAUCUUCACAAACUCUCUAUGCUGGAGAGCCAGGCAAAAUCGAAUGCAAGAUCCUUGGAAAGGCUGCCCAAUACUUGUGGCAAAAAGUUGGCACAAGAAUUUUACCAUAUGGCAGAGUAUUAUCUCUAAAUUCGAAUAAACUUCUUUUCCGCCGAGUCCAGUUGAAAGAUGCUGGGAGAUAUGAGUGCCGUGCAUAUUCAGGAUCAAUGCGUGUAGUGGUCCCAAUAACUGUUGUUGUGCUAGAUCCCAAGACAAAGGACACAGCUGUGGCAUCAAAUCAAGUUUGCACUUUGGAAAAACUUGUUGGUAUAGGCACUGAUCCAUCCAAGUUCAGUACUCGAUGGUACUUUGACAGCGUGGAAUCCUUGAUGUGUGUUUCAUUUCUGUACAGAGGAACUGGUGGCAAUAAAAACAAUUUUAAGACUAAAGCUGAAUGUUUGCGAAAGUGCUCUCAUGCUGCUGGGGAUGUCUGUGCUCUUCCCAAAUUGCCUGGUAUUUGUAUGGCUUAUUUUCCGAGAUGGUUUUUUAACAGGAAAACUAAAAAAUGUGAAUCUUUCAUAUAUGGUGGAUGUUAUGGCAAUGCCAACAAUUUUAUCACAGAGAGGGAAUGUAAGAAAUCUUGUUCAGCGGAAGUUGUUUGCAAAUUACAGCCAGAUGUUGGGCUGUGCAAAGGAUAUUUCCCUAGAUACUUCUUUAACGACACAUCAGGGCAGUGUGAGAAGUUCAUAUAUGGAGGAUGUGAAGGAAACAGUAACAACUUUCACACCAUAGAACUGUGUCAGAAGAAGUGCCAACCUGCAUCUGAUUUUGCUGUUCAAGUUAAACCUGGCCGCUGUCCAUGGCGUAGGAGUAUUCUUAGGUUUUGCCUUCUGGGACAGGAUACUUGUGCAACUGAUCAAGAGUGUCCGGGUGAUAACAAGUGUUGCCAUGACGGCUGUAGUCAUUCAUGUGCUUCCCCAGUGAGUGAAGUCAAACCAGGUCAGUGUCCAAAAGUAGACAAAAAGAAUGGGACUGUCUGUAACAAGAUGGGAGACAUGUGUGACAAGGAUGCUGAUUGUCCAGCAAGUCGAAAGUGUUGUGACAAUGGCUGCCAGAAGGACUGCACCAUGCCAGAAUCUGUGCGUGCAUUAAAACCUGGUGUUUGCCCUCAAAACAGCACAGUUGAUCCAAAGUUGUGCAAAAGUAUGAAAAAUGAAUGUGAGGUUGAUGGUGAUUGCUUCGGUCAUUUGAAAUGUUGUUUUAAUGGAUGUCAUAAGGAGUGUUCUGCGACACCGGUUCCAAAGCCAGGGGAGUGUCCCUUGAAUGAUUUCAUACCACCUGAACUGUGUGAAGUAACAGAAGACAACUGUAAAAAUGACCAGGAUUGUAAAGGAAGGGAUAAGUGUUGUGCGACAGGAUGUAAUCUGGAUUGUAUGACCCCUCCCAUUCCAGAGAAACGAGGUCAGUGCCCUAUUGUGGAUUAUAUUGAUCCUGAAGCUUGUGAAGAAACAACAGAUGAGUGCAGUGAAGAUUUUGAUUGUAAAGGGAAAGACAAAUGUUGUGCAACCGGCUGCAAGAAUGAGUGUAUAUCACCACCACGUGAACCUGCUACCAUCAGAAAGGAUGGUCAAUGUCCUAAACCAUGGAAGGGACUUGAUGGUAUCUGUGACCGACGUGGGGACAUGUGCGCUGGUGAUGAUGAUUGCAGUGGACCCCAAAGGUGCUGUUUUAAUGGAUGCCAAAGAGAUUGCAUUGCACCUGUACCUGCAGAUAAACCUGGUGAGUGUCCAAGCCCUUGGAAAGGACAAGAUGGUAUUUGUGAUCGUCGUGGAGACAUGUGCAAUGUAGAUAUUGAUUGCGAUGCUUCUGAAAAGUGCUGCUUCAAUGGCUGCCAGAGGGAUUGUGUUAAACCUAGCAUUGGCAAGAAAUCUUCAGGGAAGCCUGGUCAGUGUCCAAGUCCAUGGAAACAGCAACCAUGUGACAGAAAGGGAGAUGUAUGUGGAGAAGAUAUUGACUGUACUUCUGGAAGCAAAUGUUGUCACAGUGGCUGUCAGAGGGAUUGCGUCAAACCAGAAAAUCUUACAAAAUGCCAAGAGGAAACCCAAUCUGCUUUGGACAAGUUAGCAGCAGACCCCCCUCUGCUUGGUGUCUUUGUUCCAAGGUGUAAGCCAGAUGGUGAUUAUGAGGACCAGCAGUGUCAUGAACUGUACUGCUGGUGUGUUGACGGAGGUGGACAAAAAAUAUCUGGCACAGAGGUACAGGGCACAGCAGUCUGUUCAAAUCAAGCAAAACCUGGAACAUGUCCUAGACCCUGGUUGGGUCAAGAGGGGGUUUGUAACUUGCUUCCUGACAUGUGCCAGCACGAUUCUGAUUGUGAUGGAGACCGCAGGUGUUGCUUUAAUGGCUGUCAGAAUUACUGCGCAUCUCCAGUUGGUAUCAAACUCUGCAUAAGACACAGGAAGAGAGAGAUGUCAAAAAGUCAUAGAGGACGUCCCUUAAUUGGAACAUUCAUACCUUCCUGCAAACUGAAUGGUGAUUACGAGGAAGUGCAGUGUCAUGGAUCCACUGGGAAUUGCUGGUGUGUAGACAAGUUUGGUAAUGAACUGGAAGGUACUCGAGUCAGAGGAGAACCAAAUUGUACCACAUCAGUUGGUAUCACGCCAUGCACAAGACAAAAGAUGAGCGUGCUUUCAAGGAACCAAGGGGGUGUUCCCUUAAUAGGAGCAUUCACACCUUCCUGCAAACCAAAUGGUGAUUAUGAGGAAGUCCAGUGUCAUGGUUCUAUUGGGUUCUGCUGGUGUGUUGACAGUCUCGGAAAUGAAGUAGAAGGUACUCGAGUCAGAGGAGAACCAAAUUGUACAAUUUCAGCAAGUAGAGAGAUCAAUGGGAAGGAAGGAACUUGUCCUAAGCCUUGGAAGGGGCUCACAGGUUUCUGUGACAAAUUGGGUGAUGAAUGUGGAAUGGACUUUCACUGUUCUGUAAAUCAGAAAUGUUGCUUCAGUGGCUGCCAGCAGAUGUGUAUGAAUACCUCAGAGGCUCACAAGAAAGCAGACAUGAAACCUGGCCAGUGUCCCAAACCUUGGCUGGGUAAAGAAGAGCUGUGUGAUCGCCGUGGGGAUAUGUGCGCAAAAGAUACUGAUUGUAAAGGAAGUGAGCUCUGUUGCUUCAAUGGCUGCCAAAAGGAUUGUGUCAAUCCUGGUCUGUCUACCUGUCAGCAAAGAUUUGAAGAGUCAUUUCUCUUUCCUCAAUUGGGUCGCUUUGUUCCGUCAUGCAAGAAAAGUGGUGGAUUUCAAGAAAUGCAGUGUCAUCCUUCCACAGGAUACUGUUGGUGUGUAGACAGUUAUGGCAGGGAACAGCUUGGAACACGAACUAGAGGGAAACCCAACUGUACUCUUCCAGAUCCAUGUCAGUUCACCACGUGCCCAAAUUAUGGACAGUGUGUUCCCGCCAAGGACCACAAGUCAGUAGAAUGCAAAUGUGAUAUUGCAUGCACUAGGAUUUAUGAUCCAGUUUGUGGAACAGAUGGCAAAACCUAUGGAAAUGAGUGCACCCUGAAGGCUGAAGUUUGUGCAGGUAAGAAGAAUGUCACUGUUGAUUAUAAGGGUGAAUGUGAAGUAGUGGAUCUUUGUGCUUCAGUAAAGUGCGACUUCUAUAGUGAGUGUGAUGUCAUUGAUGGCAAUAUCACAUGUGCCUGCCCUGGUUCAGGUAGCCGUCCAAGCUGUGGCAAUGAAGAAGAACCCCUGUGUGGUUCUGAUGGAAAUAUUUAUGAGAACCUUUGUCACUUAAUGACUGCCUCCUGCCAACAAAAGACAGAGAUUAGCCCAGCACUGCCAGAGAGUUGUGAAAUAGAAGAUGUUGAUCCCUGCAUCAACAUCACAUGCAGCCAUCCAUUGCAAAAUUGCACCACAGAUGCUGAAGGCAAACCUGUCUGCAGCUGUGCACAUCUUGGAUCCUGUCCAAAGAUCCUACAACCAGUCUGUGGAGAUGACGGCCAAAAUUAUGAUAAUAAAUGUAUUUUGGACUUCCUCUCAUGUGAGGAGGGCAAAGUUGUGUCUGUAGACUAUGAAGGAAAUUGUAAAGAGGAUAUUGCAUCAAGUAUUACACUAGAUCCCUGUUCUACGGUCAACUGUAGCCAUCCCCUCGCCAGUUGUCAAGACUUAAAUGGUACAGCAACCUGUGUUUGCUCAACUGCAGUGACACUUGAAUUAUUUUAUGUCUGUGGUUCUGAUGGAGAGACGUAUCCAAAUCCAAGAUCCUUAGAAGUUGCCAGCUGUCUCACUGGAGGUGCUAUCAAGAAAGUCAAGGAUGGAAAAUGUUCUAAGCUGAUGGAUCCCUGUGAAGUCAGCCUUUGUCGCCACAAGCGUCACAGGUGCGAAGUUCAGAAUGGCACAGCCACGUGUGUUUGUAAUGCAGCAUGUACACUGGAGUACGAUCCAGUCUGUGCUUCUAAUAACAACACAUAUCCCAACCUGUGUGGUAUGGAGGUGGCUGCAUGUGAGAGCGGGGAACGCCUUCGAGUUGUGAGACCAGGGAGAUGUGAUGCUUUUGUCUCCGAAUUGAAACCCCACAUCUGUCCCGCUCCUUGGAAAGGUCUGAAUAGAAUUUGCGACCGAAGAGGAGAUUCGUGUACGAAAAACGAGGACUGCAGGGAGGUUGGAGGAAAGUGCUGUUUUAAUGGCUGCCAAAAAGACUGCGUUCAAUUUGUUCGUGAUCUUGACUGCCCUGACACGUGUCAUGAGAAUGCUCAGUGCAUAGAACUGGUUCUUGGGGGCCGUAAGUGUGUUUGCAAUCCAGGAUACGAGGGAGACGGCAUCGAUUGUUCAGCUGAUCCAUGUAGUGUCAAGAGAUGCGAGCAUUAUGCAACUUGUGUGGAGGAUGGCGGCAUGGGAAAAUGUGUCUGUCCACAAGUUUGUCCUCGGAAUUUCUUGCCUGUUUGUGGCUCAGAUGGAAAGAUAUAUGACAAUAUCUGUCUUCUGGAAGUUGCGUCAUGCAGUCAACAGAAAAAGAUCACCAUCGCCAGUAAAGACAGUUGUAAACCAGACCCGUGUGAGAAAUCCAAUUGUAGUCAUCCACUACAUCACUGUCUCAAAUCACCUCGAGGUGCUGCAUGUGUUUGUCUGCCAUUUUUGUGCACAAUGGAGUAUAUCCCCGUGUGUGGGUCAGAUGGCCAAACUUAUUCUAACGAGUGUGUUCUAAGGUCAGCGGCGUGCGAGAGAAGUCAGACAAUAGCAGUGGCUAGUCAAGGAGAAUGCAAGAAAGAAAACAAAAACCCUUGCAGUGCACCUGAUCUUUGUACCCAUCCUUACCAUCAGUGUCACGUGGUGGGUGGCAAGGCUUUAUGCAUUUGUCCAAUGGUGAUCCCAACAAACCUGGCACCAGUGUGUGGCUCUGAUGGACAGACAUACCCCAACCCCAGCGCUCUUGAGAGUAUGAGCUGCUUAGCUAAUAGAAUUGUUGAGGCGGAAUAUUCUGGUGAAUGUCACGCCACGUGGGAUCCGUGUGACAUUUCACUAUGCAGUCAUCAUCGUCAUUAUUGUAAAGUGGUAGACGGUAAGGCCGUCUGUGUUUGCUCUCAAGUCUGUUCACUCAUCCUGAGGCCAGUUUGUGGUUCAGAUGGUAAAUCAUACCCAAACAACUGCACCUUGGAGGUUGAGGCCUGUAUGACUGGAAAAGACCUGACUUACGUAUCAGAGGGAGAAUGUGAUCCAUGUUCACGUAUGGUGUGCACUGAUCCCAGAAAGCAUUGCAAAGUUGUGCAAGGUGCAGCAACCUGCGAGUGUAAUGAAAUCUGUACACUUGACUAUAACCCAGUUUGUGGUUCAGAUGGUAAAACAUACCCCAACCAGUGUAGUCUAGAGGUGGAGGCAUGCAAAACUGGUAAAAUCUUGAUCAUGGUGAAACCAGGAGAAUGUGAGCCCCAGUGUCCCAUUUUGGACCCAACUCCUCUUUGCGUUUUGAAAAACGAAUCUUGCUACACGGGAAACGUGACUUGCCCCGCUGGACUGAAAUGUUGUCUUGAUAAUGACUGCAGUCACAAGUGUACUGAGCCCGCGCUUGACGACGGGACACGACCUGGAGAGUGUCCUGUAAUUAACCCAACACCUCUAUGUGCGAAAGUAACCGGUUGCCAGUCAGACAAAGUAUGUCCUCUGGGCACUAGAUGUUGUCUGCAGAAGGGAUGCACACAGAAAUGUGUUAGGGUUGAGAUACCUCCGCCUCCGCCACCGUUGUUAUUACAGUGUCCACUGCUUAAUCCGUCCCCGUCCUGUGGACUGCCUCCAGAUGCCCCACCCAACUGCUUCACAGGAGGAGCAAAGUGUCCCACGGGACAGGUCUGCUGUCUGGACAACGACUGUUACCACAAGUGCGUCACUCCUGCUAGGGCUGAUGGUACACGACCAGGCACGUGUCCAGUACCAAACCCUAUACCGACAUGCGGAUCAACACCAGGUUGUGAGUCCGACGAUGGUUGUGCAUUGGGUGAGAGAUGCUGUCUCCAGCGGAACUGUACAAAGAAAUGUGUCAAGACCUUGCCUCCUCUCUCGGAAAGUGGCCAUGAAACUUGUCAACCCCCAUGUCAUCCCUAUGGUUUCUGCGUGAAGAACAAAUGCACGUGCCUAAGACUGUGUACACGUGAAUAUGCGCCCGUGUGUGGCACAGACGGGAAAACGUACAGCACUGAAUGUGUUUUGAAGAGUAUGGUGUGUGAACAGGGAACAAAGGUCACUGUCAAGCAUCGUGGGGAAUGCGGCAGCCGAAAGGAUGAUUUACUUUGUGUACCACCCUGUCAUCCAUUUGGAAAGUGUGUGAGAAACCAGGAGACUGGUCAAAACGAAUGCACAUGUGACAGAGUAUGUACACGAGAGUACGCCCCGGUGUGCGGGACAGAUGGUAAAACAUACAGUACCGAGUGUAUGUUGAUGUACUCAGUAUGUAAGGACGCCAGUAGUGUAGUUAUGAAGCAUCCAGGAAAAUGCAGACAAGACACACCCGAAGACAGCUGUCCCGUUUUGAAUCCAACACCCCUUUGUAGUGACCCCAUACCAGGCUGCUCCAAAGAUUCCGAAUGCGCAGACGGGGAGAAAUGUUGCUUGCGAGGAGACUGUACCAGGAGAUGUUAUGCACCGGCCAAACCAGGGCGUUGCCCUAAAACUUAUCCCAAGCCGUGCCCCCUGAUCCGUGGAUCUCCAGAGUGUACUACAGAUUGGGACUGUAGCGGCGACCUCAAAUGUUGCUUUGAUGGCUGUAGCACGAAGUGUACGUCUUCGUUUGAGAAGCCACGAGAUGAGAACCCUUGUGAAGUUACACUAUGUAGCUUCCCCGCCACAGUGUGUAAAGUUGUCAAGGGAAAGCCCACUUGUCAGUGCCGACAGACAUGGCCCCUCCACCACAUUGAUCCAGUGUGUGCAUCAGAUGGGCGGACCUAUGACAACAUGUGUCAGCUGGAGGUGAAUGCUUGUCUUCUUGAAGCUGGUGGAAUGCCGCCUGGGCAACUUACGUACAUCGGAAAUGGAGAAUGUAAAGCUGCUCAGAUUUGCAGUUUACCAGUAGAGACGGGUCGCUGCUUCGCUGCCAUGAAACGAUUCUUCUUCAAUUCCACCUCCCGACGGUGUGAGGAAUUCAUAUUUGGUGGAUGUGAAGGAAAUACAAACAGAUUUGACACCGAAAAAGAUUGUUACGACUUCUGUGGAUCCUUGGACACGUGUGAGCUGAGGCCUUGUCCGGAUCCGUACGCCAUUUGUAGCAUUACUAAAUCAGGAGAGCGACAGUGCGCUUGCCCUGAAAUCUGCACGUCGAUCGAAAGGCCUGUGUGUGGUACAGACGGUCAGACGUAUGGUAAUGAGUGUCAAAUGAAGGUUGAAGCCUGUAAACAAGGAAUGAUGAUCAAGAUCAAGGCUCCUGGAAGAUGCAACACCAAUCCAGGUUUUUGCCCCAUUGUGGACCCGCAGAUCUGUCCGAGUGAACAAGAAGAUUCCUGCUUUGAUGAUGCCAGCUGUAGGAAUAAUGAAAAAUGCUGUCACGAUGGCUGUAGAAAGCUCUGUGUGACGCCUUUACCCAAACCUAAUCAAGGUCCACCGCGAUUGAUCAAACAACAAAUCACACCACUUGAUUUUGGUAAGAAGCCUACACCAGAAGAUUCUUGUAGAAAAUGUAAGUUUCCCCAGAGUGCCUGUUCAGUGAAUGAGCAAGGAGAAGCGGACUGCCGCUGUCCUGAAGCGUGCACAGCAGUUUUCGCACCUGUCUGUGGCUCAGAUGGUCGUAAUUACACGAACAAAUGUCAGUUAGAAGUUGAAGCUUGUAAACCAGAGAACGUCGGCUCCUUGACACUCAGACAUGUUGGACCUUGUGUGUGUGAUCUUCCUCUUGCUGGUGGACCCUGUUUUGGUUACUUUCCACGCUUUUUCUUCAAUUCCACCACUAAGCGAUGCGAGAGGUUCGUUUAUGGUGGCUGCCAAGGAAACGGAAACAACUUCCUGACUAUCGAGGCCUGCGAAAACAAGUGUAUCAAUCCGUGCAAGAAUUACGAGUGUCCAUUCCCACGCACAAGAUGUGAAGUAGAACACGGAGGGGCUGUGUGUAAAUGUCCUACCAUCUGUACUGCAGACUACCGCCCGGUGUGUGGAACAGACGGCAAGACCUAGGGCAACAAGUGUGGGCUGGAGGCCACAGCUUGCAUAACAAGGCACUUUAAACUGGGGGUCAAACAUCUGGGAGAAUGCUUAAGUCCAAAUCCUUGUAACGGGUUCGUCUGCAAACACAAGCGUCACAGAUGUGUAGUAAAAGACAACAAACCUUUCUGUGAGUGCG